AUGCUGUCUCCCCUUCCUCCCUGUGGCCUACCGGCGCGGUUGCUGCGACUGGUCUCCUCGGCGACGAGCCCCGACUCGGUCAACACGGCGGCUUCAUCCAUCUCGCAAUCACAGCUUGCCAUGAGUACUCCUGGCUGCUUCUAUCUGCCCUCUCUUUGGCUACUUUGUCUCGCUGGGUCCAUGUGA